AUGGAAGGUGGCGGCGGCGGAGAGGACCAAGGGCCUUGGAACACGACGUUGUUCCCUGAUGUUGAGCAGCUAGAGCUCCUGCUGGAGGGAGACUGGUGCGAUAGACCUGCCAGUACGUGGGCGAUCAAGAAGAGCGGGACGUUACAAGCCAAAGUUGAAGCGUUUACGAGGGAACACGCUCACAGACGGCCCAAGUUCGUGUCGAGGGUUGAGGUGCCCUUCAACAAACUCAUCAGCUUCGCCAAUGAGUCCUUUGGACACGACGGAUGGUCGACAGAAGUUGUAGAUAUAAAGGUGUUGAGGGCCCAGAGUACCGGCGAUGGCGACUGUGGGCGGCAUUCUCUGGCUGUUGAAACCACGGUACGCGUUACUCUGAAAGAUGGUACACAUCAUUCAGGAACGGGCCUUGGAGUGUCCGAGAAUCUUCCUCAGAAAUCGAUGGCCUUCAGCAAGGCCAAGAAGGAGGCGAUUACAGACGGCAUUAAGAAUUGCAUACGUGGGUUUGGUGAGCUUGUUCUUGCACACGAGGAGAAACUCAGGAAAGGGUACUACACAGAGGGGGGUCUAUUCGAUUAA